AUGAGCGGUGGGGUUGCUGCAGCUAGUCCUGGAAAUGAUGUGCCAGGUCCAUCUAACUCUCGCAGUGACUUCAUGGGAAUGAGCCCACGUGAGGUUCCCAUUCCGCAGCAACCUGAACACCGACUAAGCCGUAUAGAAUGUAUCCAUUCUACAUUGCAAGGACUUUAUGAGGAGUGGGAAACCAGAAAGAAGGCUAUUUUUAAUGUGGAAUACACUAAUCCCUCUCUUCUUUGCUCAUCAUCGUCAGAUCCAGUCAGCUGCCUGGAACUAGGCGGCCUGGGCGAACGACGACAUCUUACGGUUGUUCUACCUUGGUUACAAGUAAAUGUAUGCUGUGGAUUUGAAUAUAGCUUAGCAUCGUUGAAAGCAGAGUUGUUUGAUAGCUUGAAAAGGUGAGU